AUGUUGAAGCUGAAGGGCGUUCCUCAAAGUGAAGCCCAGAAACUCUUCGUGGAAGUGGUGUUCGAGGAAGGAAGCCAGAAACCCACAUUGUCCCUGGAUUUGUCUUCCUGGCAAGCAGAAGGCUUGCAGGCGAUAUGGUCUUUGGCCGUCACGGUAGUGAAGCUGGCCGCCGGAAUUCACUUUUUCCACUUUCGUGUGAACGGUGCGUUUGCAUUGUCUGGUGAACACAUCCGCGUUGGCCGGUGGAAUGCCUUGUAUCGCAGCGACCCACUUUGUCGCUAUUUGUCGGUCAGGGACAGCCGUGGCCAGCGGGGAGCCCCACCUGGGGAUGGUUGUUGGGAAAUUCAUAGACCUUGCAGAAGCGAGUAA